UGAGAGCCACACAAUUCCAAACCAUUUGCAUUUUCUCAAUGGGCUCCUCCAUUUUCUCACUGGCCCCCCUCACUGUCUUCCUCCUCUUCGUCUCCGCCUUCUCCCUCCGCUCCUCUUUAGCAGCAGAAAAAUCGAGCACUCCGCCCAUCGUUGUUGCCGCCUGCAAGGCCUCACGUGACCCAGCAUCAUGCCAGCUUGCAUUGAACCAGUCUCGUCACGUGUCUCCCGGCACUACUGUUCUCCAGCUCUUCCAGUCCCUACUGAAUCUCACUUUCCAGAAUCUGGACACCGCCGAAUCGCAGUUGAAGAAGAUCCUGGCCGGAUCUACUGGAAAUCUCAACCGUACGAUGGCCGCUAAUAACUCCCUCGAGGCAAUCGGUUACUCUCGAUACCGGGUCGGGUUGACGGACCAACACGGGCUUGCAGGUGAUAGGUUGAAGGACGGCCGUGCGUGGCUGAGCGCCGCCUUAUCCUACCAGUACGGUGCCCGUUCCGACUUGAGAAACGUCAACGACACUGCAGAUGUGAUUGACGCUAUGGCAUUUAUGAAUGACACCUUAAUUGUGACGACCAGCACCGUCCUGAGCAUGCUCGCGAAUUACGACCUCCACGGUGAGAAUACCAGCUUGUGGGGCCCUCCAGUGACGGAACGGGACGGCUAUUGGGAGCCGGCUGGCGGGUCGUGGUCGGAAUUCGAAGGCGGCGUUCCAAAGGAACUGACCCCGAACGCCACGGUGUGUAAAUGCGGUGGCUGCAACUACAAGACGGUGCAGGAGGCGGUGGAUGCUGCGCCGGAGUCUAAGCCGGCCGAGCGGUUCGUGAUUUGGAUCAAAGGCGGAGUUUACGAAGAGACGGUCCGGGUGUCUCUGUACAGGUAUAACGUCGUAUUACUGGGAGAUGGCAUUGGCAAAACUGUAAUUACGGGCUCCCUAAAUGUGGGCCAACCCGGAAUCACUACGUCCGAGUCCGCCACCGUCGGUAUUCUCGGCGACGGCUUCAUGGCGAGCAACAUCACAUUCGAGAACACCGGAGUUGGGGCUCAGGCAGUAGCCUUCCGAUCCGACGGCGACCACACCCUCAUCGAAACCUGCGAAUUCAAAGGAAACCAAGAUACCCUUUAUGCUAAAUCCCUGCGGCAUUACUACAAAUCUUGCCGCAUCCAGGGUAAUGUGGACUUCAUUUUCGGCAACUCCGCUGCAUUCUUCCAGGACUGUGAGAUCCUGGUCGCGCCGAGGCCAUUUCAGCCGGAGAAAGGUGAGAAAAACGCCGUCACGGCCCACGGGAGAAACGACCCAGCCCAGACAACGGGUUUCGUCUUCCACAAUUGCUCCAUCAACGGCACGGAGGAGUACAUGAAGUUGUACCACAGCAACAGUAAGGUGCACAUUACUUACCUCGGACGGCCAUGGAAGGAGUAUUCAAGGACAGUCUUCAUAGGGUCCAGCUUUGAGGUGAUCAUCUCCAAGGAUGGGUGGUCUCCUUGGCAGGGCGAUUUCGCCCUUAGCACGCUUUACUACGCAGAAUUCGAGAAUAUUGGAGCCGGAGCUAACACGGCCGGGCGUGUGAGUUGGAGUAGCAAUAUUCCGCGGGAGCAUCUUAACUCUUACUCUGUUCAUAAUUUCAUCCAAGGUGAUGGAUGGAUUCCUGUUUCAGACAAUGCCUUGUAAGUGUUAAAGAUUAUUACUGUAAUUUGCGAGGAAUCAGGGCUAAUCUACUUACAAUAGCAAUGUUUUGUUGUCUUGUACAGUUUUAUAUGCAGGAACAUUCCAAAUUGCAUUUCAAACAGCAAGUAUGCUACAGGUUCCGGAUUAUUGAUAAUUUUUGUACUAAUGAUUUGGAUAUUGUAACUCUUUGGACAUUUUUAUUUACUUUUUUAAAAGUACAUCAUGUUCCGUAUAUUACCAUAAAAUUAAAUCAAUGAACCUGCCCCAGUCAAUAUCCUCUGAUCUCCUCUUCAUCUUCUC